GUCGGGGGCAGUACUGACGGGUGUGCGACAUGUGGUUUUCCCGAGCGGCCACUAGCUACUGAAUAAUGUGCUGGGGUUUGCGUCAAGCUCACAUUAUGCUAACAGAUUUUUACAAGACUUGAUAUUGCUGGUGACAAGAAAUAAUGGAGAUCAUAGAAAAUCAGCUGGACUGUACUCGCUGCAGUUUUCAUGGAAGUGACUUCAAGAGUACACAAAUUCACAUGGGAACCAUUCACCCAGAAUUCUGUGAGGAAAUUGAUACUGGUGGCUUAGGAAAACUAGUUUUUUACCAGAAAAGUGCACGAUUGUUCCAUUGCCAUCGAUGCUUUUUCACAAGCAAGUUGUUUGCCAAUGUGUAUUAUCAUAUAUUAGGUCAGCAUGCAGUGCCAGACAAAUGGCGCAAAGAAACCAAGCCUAUUGUUGAGCCCAAGUCAGAACCAGCUUCAGAAGUAGACUCUGAGAAGAAUGAUUCAGAAAGUUUGGAAAGUGAAGAUGACAAGUAUGUGGAUGAGCAAGAUCAAAUCAAGACCAAUGAAGCUGUAAAGAGUGAAGAGAAUGAUACACUUACCUCUUGGCCAGAGAAAGCACCAACUCACGAUUACCCAGAUAACUCAGAUAGUGAUUUUAAAAGCAGCAGCAUAGAGAAAGUUAGUGAGAUGUCUGCAGAGACUAAAGAUAAGGAGUCAUUUAGUGAGCCUGAUUUACCAGAGUCUGAAUCCAGCAAUACUAGCAGUAGUCUGAAAAAAACAAGUUCUGUGAGGGCUAAAGUUGGCACUGAAUUUUCGGAUGAUGCAGCAUCUUCUCUAUCAAAGGACAUACCAGAAUUUUCAGAUGAUGAUGACGAUGAACCUGCUUUACCAGGUGGCAUACCACAUUUUUCAGAAGAUGAGGAAACUGCACCUCAGGAAAAGGAGGCUGAGUCCUCUUCAGAAGAUGACCCUAUACCUGACCAUUCAAGAGGGAUUGAGGACAUUUCUGAGGAUGAGAUGCCACCUGAAGAAAAGCCUACAGAUAACAUGUCUGAAGAUGAAGCUGCUCCUGCUCCAUUAAAGGAUCUCCAAAAUUCUUCUGAAGAAGAAAAUGCAUCUGCCACAGGAAAAGAAAUGGACUUUUCUGAGGAUGAGGAAGAUGCUCCAGCUCCAUCAAAAGAAUUAAUGGAUUUCUUAGAAGAGGAGGAGGAGGAAGAGUCCACUAUUAUACCUAAGAAUGCCAUGGACUUCUCAGAUGAAGAAGAAACUGCAAAUGCAGCAAAAAAUAUCAUGGACUUUUCAGAAGGGGAGGAAACCACAAAUGUAUCAAAACAUGCAAUGGAAUUUUCUGAAGAAGGAACAUCAGGUUUGUCAAAAGACAUUAUGGAGUUUUCAGAAGAUGAUGACACCCCAGCAAUUUCAAAGGGUAUAAUGGAGUUUUCUGAUGAGGAGGAAGCUUAUUCUCCUUCUAAAGAUAUGCCUAAAUAUUUGGAGGGCAAUACAACUCCCACUCAGUUGAAAGACUCUGAGUGUACAGAUGAUGCUCCUACUUCAGUAUUGAAAGGUUCCUCCCCAUUUUCAGAAGAUGAUGCAAUUCCUGAUGAGGGCACACCUAGUGAGCAGAAGGACGUUGCAGGUACCUCUACAAAUAUAAAUGUUCCCGCACGCUUGCCUGGAGUUUUGCAUUUUUCUGAGUACAAAGCUACACCGUGGUCUAAGGACAAACUUGAAACUAUAAACACCACAGACAUUUCUCUAACUGUUCAUGAAACCAUUGAUGCAUCAGAUGAUAAAGAUGGUUUUGGUAAAGAUGAAGAAAUAUUGAAACAUGUUAAACGUGUAAAGGGCAGGUUUCAUUGCUUGUUAUGUGAUUGCCGGCCUUUGAAAAGGGGGCCCAUUCUACACCAUCUGAUCACCAGACAUAAUAUGCCAAGUCCAUUUGUAUGCAAAACCUGUGGGAAAACAUUUGUGAUGGAGACGCACUUGAAGAACCAUCUUACAUCUCACACUAAAGGCUUGUAUAAAUGUCACAGAUGUAAUUUUCAGACUGACCAUCCAAGGGGUUUCAAAAAACAUCAAACACACUGUGACAAUCGCCACAAAGAAGAGGCCAUUAAACCGGUUGAUGACAAUAAACCGGUUGAUGACAAUAAACCGGUUGAUGACAAUAAAUCGGUUGAUGACAAUAAAUCGGUUGAUGACAAUAAACCGGUUGACAAUGAACCGGUUGACGAUAUUAAAUCGGUUGACGACAAACCGAUUGACGACAUUAAACCAAUUGACACCAUUGCACUGGUUGAUGCCAUUAAACCACUGGAUUUCAAUGACAUUCUCGAGGAUGACAAUGAGGAAGAUUGACUGUAAACUAUAACAGGACUCUUUUGAUAUAUAAAAAAAGAACUGUGUGAGAGUUCAAAUGGAAGCUGCCAUUUUAUAACUCCUAGGCUGCAUGCUAAUUUUGAGGUCCAAAAUGUAACCUAAAUAGUCUUACUUCUAGUGACAAUAUUGGCAGGGAGCAGCACAGGCCGAGUUUGGACACUACAUAGAUAUUUUGCUUAACCACAAUUUAUCUAUUCUACACUAGAAACUAUAGAUCCCUGGAGAGUGAUAUAGUGAAUUGUAGGUUAAUUGUUUUUCAGAAAAUUUUAAAAUGGCAGUGAUCUCAUGCUAAGAAAAGUGUUUUAGUUUGUCAUUUUUUUUCAGUGCUAUUGACCCAGCUGGUUAAAGCGCUACUGAAAAUAAAACUGCUUCUAUCUUUGUGUUGGUGGUAACAAUUUUAAGCAUUUUGUGAAUAUCAUUAACUCAAAGUAGUUGUGUAAAUAGUGUAUUCUGUUACUGUGUGUGCAUUGUUUUGUUUCUCCACAGUACUAAUGUGUUUUUGGAAAAAUAACUACCUUAUGUACUGCUGUUUGUGAUAUUGUUUAAGAACUGUGAUUGUGACAAUAUCUUAAAGUUGUUUAUUUAAUGUA